UCUCUUCUCGCAUGGCUUGAUUUUGCCUUUCAGCCAGCAGAGAGCACCAUCAGCCCAAGCCCCGAAGCGGCAGCGUUCACUCGUUUAGUUCAGUUGGUCUCGAGUUCAAGUUCUACAACUCUUAUUUUUGUUGUUUGUAUCUUUCGGAUUCUUUUGGUUUCGUUUCGUAUUGGUUUUCAGCUGUGUUUUUGUCUUCAUGCUGUGUGUUGAAGUUCAUUCUUCGUUUCAGAGAUUCAAAAAUUUAUAGAUACAGAUACAUUUUUGUUGUUUCUCUGCAAAACCCGUAACGUAAGCCUUAAGCCAAGCGGUCAACAAGCACUUGUUCAAAGAGAUUUCUUGUGAACGGACGAAGACGGACGAACGUUAAAAACUACGUGCGGCGGGUGCAGGAUUUUAUUUGAUUUAAUUUUAUUUAAAUUGUUUUUUAUUUUUAAUUUCAAAUACGGCUUCGAAUAACAAUCUUUUGUUUAAAUAUUUAAAUUUUUUUUCAAUGAGUAUUGUUGUAAAAUUUCAAAACAAUUACGAUCGUUGAUUUUUGUGUCACUAAAAACUUCUAGUUUCGCGCGGACUUUCGACUGCUGCAACUCCAACAGCAUCGCAAAUAUUGCGUGAUUCACGCUCGGGUGACAUUGUUUUCUUCUACAGUUAAAUAAUAUUUAUUUGAUUGUUUUUUUGAAGUAAACAAUAAAAAUUAAAAACAAAUAAAAAACAUCAACAACAAUAACAAAUAACAAAUAACCGAUCGCGUUGAACUGUAUAACGAAUCGUUUAAGUUACGUGAAGAUAUUCCGGGCAGGUAAAACCCCCUUUUUAUCUUUUUAUUGUUUUUCUUUUGCAUUUGCAAUAAUUUAUUUUGCGAAAUCAUCGUUUUUAUUUGUUUUUUAAAGAUUCAAAUCAAGAAUAUACUCAGUGAAGUUUGUGUUCAAAAAAGAAAAAAAAAUAUCAAAAAUGUUCAAAACCUUUAUUCAAAUGCAAAUUGUGCCGAGUUAAAGAUACAAUUUGUACUUGUGCUGACCUAAACAAUCUUAUAGAUAUUCUAUUGGAAAAUCAACAAGUGUGACCGACAAAAACGACGCUUUAAAAACUUAAAAAAUUAUAUACAAAAUCUCAAAUAUCAACACAAAAAAUCGCAAGACGCGCGCGUUUUCAAAAAAAGAAAAACAAAGUUAAAUAAAAUUAUAAAGCGAACGAUAAAUCUAUAUAUCGACGAAUGCAAAAGUAUCUAUAGAUAGUUUCUUAAGGGCAAACAACAAGUGGUUAUACCAGUUCUCUUAAGAGACGUAUAGUGGCUCUGUGUAAAUUCCCACAAUUAAUUCUCUAGAUAUAUUUUAACCAAUAAUAAAUUUAUUCAUUCAUUAAAUCAAAGUUUAAAGCAAAAAAAAAAAAAUGAUACAAAUAUUUGCAUAAUGUAUCUUAAAGAUAGAAAAGUAUCUAAACAUAAAUAAACAUCAUUUAUUAAGAAGAAAAAAGAAAUCUAAAAGGAUAUAAAGUGUUUUAAAAUUUCGAAGGAAAAAAUAUCUUUUAUAAAUAAGUGAAGUGAAUUUCGAAACAGAAAAAUAAUAAGCGAAGGGAAUGAUAGAAUUUUCAAAAAACAAAAUGGAUAUCUCAAUUUGGCGACUCUGGAUAUUUUGGAUAAUUUUACAGGCUCUAGUCAAACCAGGAUAUUUGUCUAGUGCAACAUCAGCAGGAUAUGUUGAUGAUGGUGACAUGAAAGUUUGUAUUGGAACUAAGGCACGAUUGUCGGUGCCAUCGAACCGGGAACAUCACUAUAGGAACCUAAGAGAUCGAUAUAACAAUUGCACUUAUGUUGAUGGUAAUCUGGAACUAACAUGGUUGCAAGAUCCUAAUUUAGAUUUGAGUUUUCUUGAGAAUAUCCGCGAAGUCACUGGCUAUAUACUCAUCAGUCACGUGGAUGUCAAGAAUGUCGUUUUUCCAAGACUUCAAAUUAUUCGUGGACGAACACUUUUCAAGCUGAAUGUCCAGGAUGAAGAGUUUGCUCUGUUUGCAACUUACUCGAAGAUGUACACGUUGGAGAUGCCUUUGUUGAGGGAUAUUCUUGAGGGAUCGGUGGGCUUCUAUAAUAAUUUCAAUCUUUGCAAUAUCAAGACCAUCAGAUGGACUGAGAUUAUUUCGGGACCGGACGACGUUUUCAACUAUGUCUAUAACUUCACUCUGCCGGAGAGGGAGUGUCCGAAGUGUCAUGAAUCUUGCCAGGACGGUUGUUGGGGUGAAGGACCGAAGAACUGUCAGAAGUUCUCCAAGAUCAAUUGCUCGCCGCAGUGUGCUCAGGGGCGCUGCUUUGGGCCAAGACCUCGGGAAUGCUGUCACCUAUUCUGCGCUGGUGGGUGUACUGGCCCGACGCAGAAGGAGUGCAUCGCAUGCAAGAAUUUCUAUGACGAAGGAAUCUGCAAGGAGGAGUGUCCCCCAAUGCAGAAAUACAAUCCAACAAACUACCUUUGGGAAUCGAAUCCAGAUGGCAAAUAUGCCUAUGGAGCAACUUGUGUGAAAGACUGCCCCGAGCAUCUGCUGAAGGACAGUGGAGCUUGUGUUCGAGUAUGUCCCUCAACGAAGAUGGCCAAGAAUGGUGAAUGUGUUCCUUGCAAUGGACCAUGCCCGAAAACUUGUCCCGGAAAAGAGAUCCUCGACUCUGGUAACAUCGAUGAGUUCAAAGGAUGCACUGUAAUCGAAGGGUCGAUCAGAAUUCUGGAGCAAUCCUUCACCGGAUAUCAGUCGGUCCAUAAAAACUACUCCUUGGGACCUCGAUACUUGUCUAUGCACCCCAAUCGCCUUGAAGUUUUUUCUACAGUCAAGGAAAUCACCGGAUACCUGGAUAUCCAAGGCAUGCACCCGGACUUCAAGAACUUAUCGUACUUCAGGAACCUUGAAGUUAUCCAUGGACGUCAACUGAUGGAGAACUAUUUUGCCUCACUAUCAAUUGUGGUCUCAUCACUGGAAAGUCUGGAACUUCGGAGUCUAAAACGAAUAAACUCUGGAGCAGUGGUAAUUCAGCAAAAUGAAAGAAUGUGUUUCGUGAAUGGCAUAGCCUGGGGGAAGAUCUUAAAGUCCCUGGACCAUGGAGUGGUGAUAGCAAAGAACCGAAACGAGACUGAUUGUGAAAAAGACAAAAUGGUGUGUUCGGAUCAAUGUAAUAAUGCUGGUUGCUGGGGAGCUGGAUCUGACCAGUGUUUGGAGUGCAAGAACUUCGCUUUCAAUGGAACUUGUAUUGCCGAUUGCAAAAAUAUCACAAAUGCCUAUCAAUUUGAUGCCAAGACCUGCAAAGAAUGCCAUCCAGAGUGUCGAACCUGCUCUGGGCCAGGGGCAGAUCACUGCGAUGAGUGUGUUCAUGUUCGCGACGAACAUAGAUGUGUUACUGUCUGUCCGGAUAACAAAUACGCUGACCAAUCUGGAAUCUGCAGGGAAUGUCAUGAGACCUGCGAAGGUUGCACUGGACCCAAGAACACGAUCGGCUAUGAAGGCUGCAAGACCUGCGAUGUGGCAAUCAUCAAUAGUGACGCCACAGUAGACAGGUGUCUCAAGACAAACGAGAAAUGUCCAGCUGGAUAUUAUCGAGAGUUCGUGAAUCCUCAAGAGCAGGGAAGUUUGAAACCCUUGGCGGGCAAGGCGAUAUGCAGAAAGUGUCAUCCCCGUUGUGAACUCUGCACGGGAUACGGUUUCCAUGAGCAGGUUUGCCAGAAGUGUGCUGGCUACAAACGGGGAGAACAAUGUGAGGAUGAAUGUCCUCCAGACUACUUUGCCGAUGAGGCUACAAGGAAAUGCAUAUCAUGUGAUGAAGAAUGCAAGGGCUGUACCGGCCCGGGCUCGGAGAACUGCCAAGCUUGUGUCAAUUUCAAGGUUUUCAAUGAGGGCGAACCCAGCGACAACUCCACAUCGUUCAACUGCACAAAGAAAUGCCCUGAGGACUUUUCCCACAUCGUCUAUCAGUCGUUUAAUGUUGGAAGUUAUUGCUCAGCGACUCCUCCUCAGCGAAUCACCAUGCUCGAUGCUGGCCAUGACAACUACGUGGUCACACUCAUAGCCUUCGGUACUCUGAUAAUGUUGCUGUGCACGCUAAGUGUCAUCACUUACGUCUGCCGUCAAAAGACAAAAGCCAACAAGGAAGCUGUUAAGAUGACAAUGGUUCUAUCUGGUUGCGAGGAUUCCGAGCCGCUGAGACCAACUAACAUCGGUGCAAAUCUUUCCAAACUGCGAAUCGUCAAAGAAGCUGAGCUCCGAAAAGGAGGAGUUCUAGGAAUGGGUGCUUUCGGUCGAGUGUUCAAGGGUGUUUGGGUGCCAGAAGGGGAGAAUGUAAAAAUUCCAGUUGCAAUCAAAGAACUGCUCAAGUCAUCCGGAGUUGAAUCGAGCGAAGAAUUCUUGAGGGAAGCCUACAUUAUGGCCUCAGUUGAACAUCCAAAUCUGCUCAAGCUCCUCGCAGUGUGUAUGACCUCACAAAUGAUGCUGAUCACUCAACUCAUGCCCUUGGGUUGCCUCCUGGAUUAUGUGAGGAACAACAAGGACAAAAUCGGUUCGAAGGCUUUACUCAAUUGGUCAACUCAGAUCGCCAAGGGAAUGUCAUAUCUCGAAGAGAAGCGGCUGGUCCACCGAGAUUUGGCGGCGAGAAACGUCCUCGUUCAAACUCCAUCAUGUGUGAAGAUUACCGACUUCGGUCUUGCGAAGCUUCUGACUGGAGAUUCGAAUGAAUACAAGGCUGCAGGAGGCAAGAUGCCAAUCAAAUGGCUCGCUCUGGAAUGCAUACGCCAUCGAGUUUUCACCAGCAAAUCUGACGUUUGGGCCUUUGGAGUGACCAUCUGGGAACUGCUUACUUUUGGUCAGCGGCCGCAUGAGAACAUUCCCGCCAAGGAUAUCCCCGACCUGAUUGAAGUUGGUCUCAAGCUCGAACAACCGGAGAUCUGCUCGCUGGAUAUCUACUGCACUUUGCUCUCCUGUUGGCACCUCGAUGCCGAGAUGAGGCCAUCGUUCAAACAGCUGGUGAACGUGUUCGCCGAGUUUGCUCGUGACCCCGGCCGGUACUUGGUCAUUGCUGGAGACAAAUUCACCCGCCUACCAUCCUACACCAGUCAAGAUGAGAAGGAUCUCAUCCGAAAACUGGCGCCGACAUUUGAAGGCCCCGAGCCCGUUGUCGAAGCCGAAGACUAUCUUCAACCAAAAGCUGCCAGACCAGGACCGAGCAAUGAGACAUCCGACGAACUCCCCACCAAGCUCAAUCGCUAUUGCAAGGAUCCCAUGAAUAAGUCAUCAUCCGGUGGGGAUGACGAAACGGACUCCAAUGCUCGCGAGGUGGGUGUCGGAAACCUCCGUCUCGACUUGCCAGUCGACGAGGAUGACUAUCUCAUGCCCACUUGUCAAUCGGCAAGUGCGAACCCCCUCGGCACUGGACCCGGUGGCUACAUGGACCUAAUCGGAGUCCCAGCCAGUGUAGACAAUCCCGAGUACUUGAUGAACGGGCAGACGCUGAGUAGCAACGAUGCACCCAUCCCAACACAAACUAUUGGCAUCCCAGUGGUCAUAAUGCCAAAUGGCACCACCAACGGUGUCAUCAUCGAAGGUGAACAAACGAGUUCAGAUCAUGAGUACUACAAUGACACACAGAGGGAGCUGCAACCACUGCAUCGGAGUGAAACCAGAGUGUGAUAGCUCGGUGAAGCCUGCCCUAGCCAGUCUAGCCCAUUGACGCCACCAUGCAAAUACUUUCCUUAAACAAAACGAAAACAUACUUGCCACACGCGUUGUGUAGUUGUCAAACAAACAAACAAUUAAGAAAAGGCUUCUUGUACAUUUUUAGCUCUAAGGAACCACUAGGCUCUAUUUAUAUAGAAAAUAUAUAUAAAAUAUGUAUGUAAAUCGCUCUAAGGACCUUUCUAAGUUAAGUGUAAGUUUUAUUUUUCUUUUAUUUAAGAUCGAAAGUGCCUUUAUAUUUCUGUCAUUUGUACAUUAAACAAAACAAAACAAAUUUUUAACUUAAGUAGGUACUUACACUUAAGUUAAAAGUUAAAAACAAAAUAAGAUUUUAAUUUAAAUGUCACUUUUUCACACUCGAAUCACGCACAAUAUUUCUUAUUUAGUUCUUUUUUUUAUAACACUUACAAAUAAUUUAAAAAAAAAAAACAAAACUGAUGUAACUUGACCAUUAGAUUUAUAGUAAAGUCUCCCUUUUUGUUAGUUAUGUAAGGUAAUCUGUGAUAAAUGUAGUUUUAAGCUAAAAAUACAACAAAAACAAUAUAAAUCGCCUUAUUUCAUUAUUAUUAUAAGGAAACUGAGAGCCCAGAGAAUAUAAAUUAUAUAAAAUAUAGUUUUUCUUUUUUUAAUGAAUUAUUAAAAUACAUAAAUAUAAUCAGGGGUUAAGGUUUCUAUUUUAUUUGAAAAAUAAAAUCUGAACUGACCAUAACCCCCUUCAUCCCCCACUACGACGUGACAAGCGACAUUGACAAAUUUUUCUUUUAUAAAUUUUAUCGAAAAAUAUAUCCUCUUUGGAGAGUGGAGAGAAUUUAAAGUUCCCUCAGUUUUCGUUCUAACAACUUGACUCUUUCUGCCAGUGAUUCUGAUCUGUCAAAGAACUGUCAUCGAUGAUGUGUCAUUUUGACAUUUUAACAAAAGCCUGCCAAAUGUCACAAUGAAUAAUCAAUCUCCUCUCUUACUUUUACUGUUAUCCACGAAAUUCAAAAUAUUUUAUUUUUAUUUUUUGGGAAAUAUGUAUAUAAUUUUAUGUUUAUUAUAUACUUAGAAGUGUGUGUGCCAUUUUUGCCUUCCUUUUUUUCAUAAA